UUUGAUUCUCUUCCUUCAAUUUGUUCUAAUUUCCUUUGCGAGAUCUGUUCUUUCCUGUCAAGCACUAUGAGUCAGACGCAAGUGCACGGCGACGCGCCAUUUCUUCCAAGACAUAAUCAGAAACAUUCUCAAACGACUCCCUGUCAAAUCCCUAAUCCGAUUUCAAUGUGUCUGCAAACAUUGGAAGAAUCUCUUCAAAACGCCAUUUUUCAUCGCUGACCACCUCCACCACUCCACUCAUCAAAGCCCUUCUCUUCUUAUCCAACAGAACAGUAUGUAUGAGCCUUUGCAAUUGCGUUCGCUCGAUCGCGAGAUGCAUGUCCAUGAAGUUCAUAACGCACCUUUGAUCGGUUCCUUACGGGACGUUGAGAUCAUCGGUUCCAGCAAUGGCUUGCUCUGUGUUGCAAUCCAUGAGACUGAUAUAUCUACUUCUUCCCUUCUUUUGUGCAAUUCCCUUUUACUGUGGAAUCCUGCUAUUGGAGAGGUCAGACAGAUACCUAGGACCAGAACUGUUAAGUUUGAGGAGGGUAUAGGUUCAUCUACGGAGAGAUGGUCUUCGACUAAGAAAUGUGCUUGCAAGGGCCCUUCCAACAUGUUACAACUUGGGUGCAUUUGGAGGAAUGAAAUGGUAUGUUCUGAUUCUGGAAUGCAUAGAAAUACCGAUGAAAGUGAAGGUGAAGUGGAGAAUGACGAACAAAAGGCUGUUAUAUAUCUGUUGAAUAUGACUACUAAUGAAUUUAAGAAGGUUGCUAUCCCCAGAGGUGGCUAUUUUUUCAAUUAUGUGGACAGUUUUUUCAAGCAUGUGGAAAGCCUUGUACCAGAUGGAAUUGGAAACAUCCACUUUGAAGAACAUUGAUCGGAAAGGUUAUUGAUUACUUUUGUUUGAAUAUUUUGGCGGAAAUAAAUCCAUAUCAGAUUAGAUUAUUGUGUAACUAUAGGGUUUUCAUGCCCUUUAGAGAUGUUAUUCAGAAAGAUGAAUGUAUAUACUCUAUACCAGAUGUUUGUUGUUUUAUUUGACCUAACUAAUAUAUAAUAUCAGAUUGCCCAGUUC